AACGAGUGGUGCGAUAUGGAACCGUCACCACAAAAGGGCCCACAGCAGUCUGUACAAGUAUUCGGACGAAAGAAAACUGCUACUGCUGUAGCUCACUGCAAACGUGGAAAUGGCUUGAUAAAAGUGAAUGGACGACCACUGGAUCAGGUGGAGCCACAAAUCCUCAGAUACAAGCUCCAGGAACCAGUCUUGCUUCUUGGCAAGGAGAAGUUUGCUGGAGUAGACAUCAGAGUAAGAGUUCGAGGGGGUGGUCACGUGGCCCAGGUCUACGCUAUUAGACAGGCUAUCUCAAAAUCCCUGGUGGCAUACUACCAGAAAUAUGUAGAUGAGGCCUCAAAGAAGGAAAUUAAGGAUGUGUUGAUCAGCUACGACAGAACUCUGCUGGUCGCAGAUCCCAGAAGAUGCGAGCCCAAGAAGUUUGGAGGUCCAGGUGCUCGUGCCCGCUACCAGAAAUCUUACCGUUAGUCUGUUCAUUAAAAUGUACAGUUACAAGUCA